AUGUGCAGUUCAUGCACAUUUUUGGAACUCCUGACGCCUGUCGCGCCGAAGCGCUUUCUUGCGCUAGCGUCGUUGUCAGCGGCUGGCAAAGCAAUCGGAGUGUCUACUGCACUGGCUGUGCAACCUGCCAUUCACAAGAAUUUUGCGAUGACGGACAACAUCUCAGAAAUCACGGCGAAAUCACAGGCUCAACACGUCGUCGUAGAUAACGUCGGAAUGAUCAUCGCGAUUGCGGUGACCAAACUAGCUGCGACGCACUUGCCAGGCAGGCAGGCUCUCCUUGCGCCCUUGUUUCUCUUCUUCCCUCUUGCAGUGGGCGAUGUCUUCUGCACAUACAAGGAGCUGAAGAGCGUGCAUCUGCGCUCGUUGAACAGGACGAGAGCUGAAAUGGUCAUCACCCAGUGGGUGGAAGGAGGGCUCAUGCCGACCCCGCUGCAGGCAUCUGCAACAGAGAACUUGUUGUUCCCGGAAAUCAUCGGGCCAGGACCACGCCUGCAGUUUGUGCCGUUGUCGCGCCUACCCAUCACACCUAGUGAAGCUGCACUUCUUGGAGGCGGGCGCGCACGCUGGACAGCCAAACUCCUCGAUGGCGCUUGGCCGGCAACGAACUUCGGGAUCGCGCUGAGGAACGACGCGACUCCGAGGGACAUCCUGACGGCGAUCUUGCAUGCGACGUACGUGCGCAUGGAAGUCACUCAGCUGAAGACCGCUGACAUGACCGACACUUACCGUCGUCGUGAGAUCAUUGAGCACUGCUUGCAAAAAGCGCAGUUGCAUAAAGGCAGUCUUCUGGCAGCUCUGUCCUCGAAUGGAUGGGAUGUUUCACAGUUCCUGCUGGGCUCCUCCGAACGCUGUCGCUGGCGAGUGGACGACUCGCUCGCCUGA